GUGAUCAUGGAGCUCAGCUUGGUCUCCAUGGGGCUGGUGGUGAUGGAAUACAUGAUGACACAGCAGGUGGAGAGGAGGGAGAGAACAGCCCAGAUCCCCAACCCCAAGCUGGUCGGAGGACCCGGCGGGAAGCAUGCACCUGCCCCUACUGUAAAGACAGUGAAGGAAGGGGUUCUGGGGAUCCUGGCAAAAAGAAACAGCACAUUUGCCACAUGCAAGGCUGUGGCAAAGUAUAUGGCAAGACCUCACACCUACGGGCACACUUGCGCUGGCAUACAGGCGAGAGGCCAUUCAUGUGUACCUGGUCAUACUGUGGGAAACGCUUCACACGUUCGGAUGAGCUACAGAGGCACAAACGCACACAUACAGGUGAGAAGAAAUUUGCCUGCCCUGAGUGUCCUAAACGCUUCAUGAGGAGUGACCAUCUGUCAAAACAUAUCAAGACCCACCAGAAUAAGAAGGGAAGCCCAGGUGUAGCGCUGAGUGUGGGCACUUUGCCCCUGGACAGUGGGGCAGGCUCAGAAGGCAGUGGCACUGCCACACCUUCAGCCCUUAUUACCACCAAUAUGGUAGCCAUGGAGGCCAUCUGUCCAGAGGGUAUUGCCCGUCUUGCCAACAGUGGCAUUAACGUCAUGCAGGUGGCGGAUCUGCAGUCCAUUAAUAUCAGUGGCAAUGGCUUCUGAGAUUAGGCACCCGGGGCCAGAGACAUAUGGGCCAUACCUGUCAACCCUGGGAUGCAAGGUAGCAUGGGUCCAAGAGACAUGUGGGAGAGCAAGCCAUGAGGCAUUAAAAUGCAUGGUGGUGGGAAGAAUUGAGGGAGGGAUAGAAGAGAAGAAAUGGGAUCCUGGCACCCACCUGUAUCAUCAGUGCCUUUUUGAAGGUGGGAAACAUUAGUGAAAGUUCUGUUGGUGCCACCCUUUGAUGAGCAUUUUUUUGACCCCAGUUUCUUCUUACACUUCUUGCCCCAGCCUCCCCUUCCUGUAUUUCUCUUCUCAGCUCUCCUAUGAUGGAUCCCCCCUUUCCUAAAGCCAUCAUGCCUUGAUAAAUAUAUAUGAUCAUUGAAAUACUUUUUAACAAAAACAGAUUCUAUAUUAUAUAUAUAUAGAUAUAUAUAUAAAGAUAUAUAGAGAUGCAUUCACAGGGGUUGGCUGGGAGGAGGAAGGAGACCAUUCUGUGACCAAAAUACCAUGGUCAUUUUUUUUUUAUUUUAUAUUGCCUUAUUUCCCUAUGGCUGAGCCUUGUUGUGACACAUCAAGCUUUUCUAUAGGUGUUAUCUUGGCUUCCACCAGAUUAAACAUUCAUAUGCUCUGCUUUUAGUUUAUAUAUAUAUACAUAAUGUUUUUCUUUUCUUAAUUUUAUCUUUUUAUUUGGGAUCAGCUUCAUGCACUCCUUUCCACACUCAACUCUGUCUCCCCUUCUCUCACCUGAUCACUUCAUGUUUUGUUUUUGUUAGUGAUCCCCAGAUGAGGCAUUUCUGUCGAUAAGACCUUAGUCCCAGCAGCAGAAUGGAAAAAUCUUCAAGCCAAGGCUGAUGCUUCAGGUAGCUGUGGAGGGAGUGUUCAAAAUACUACUGACGCAGGCACCUUCUUGGCGCUGGAGAGUCAUAGACAUCUUCCUUUAUUAGCUGCUCUAAGCAUCAAGAAUCAGAAGUCUUUUCGUGGAAUUGUACAAGAGACCCUUUGAAUGUUAUAAUUUGGGAUCUUUUUGUAUAAACUGUCAGAAAAGAGUCAAAUAAUAGUUAGGGGCUUUCACUAGGAAAAAAGAUGUGCUCAGAGAGGAAGGGACUCAUAUUUGUCGAAUUCAGGAGUUAGUGGAAUAUUUGGAUUUUGGUCCCGCUGUCUUCUAAGAUUGCUCUAAGAUUUGAUGUGUGGGCUUCUGAGUUUAUAUUCUGAAAGGAAAUACAAAAAUCCUUUUUUGAACAUCCCCGUAGUUUCUUUUCCAUUAUGUUGAUAAGGAGCAUCAGCCAAUGAAUCUGUUCCGGGUUUCCAUUCUGCAGAACUCCAGGGCAUGUACUAGUGGCAAGACAGUGGUUCUUAUGAUCUUUUCCCUCAGUUCUUCCUUGUAUGUACUUGGGUGGUUCCUAAGGGAAAAAGGAAGCACAUGAUCAUGGGAAUGAUAGCCCAGAACAAAAAGAAAUCUUGUCUUACCACUGUGGUUUAUAGGAGAGAUUGGGAUAAAUUAUCCUGUUUUCUCCAUGGUCUGAUUCCAGAAGAGACUGAUCCAAAAAUUAUAGCGGCAGGGAACUCAGUGUAUUUGGCACUGAGAUUUAAAUGCAACCAGAAUUGUCCUCAAGGCCCAGCCAUUAAAGCAUUGUCUCUCUUGACCUUCUGGUAUCUUGUUAGAGAGCUUUUCACUGUGAGGAAGUGUGAAAUGCCUGUGUGUAUGUGUGUAAUCUGUUAGGUUGGGGAUAGGUUUUCUGUUAGCCAAUAUUAAAAGAGACCUGCAAUAAAAAUUACCUGAUCUGAUAGAAAGCAAAUGUUUGUGUAUGACUGUGUGUGUGAAUGUGUGUUCAUGCCUGUAUAUAUCUACACACAGAUGAGAAAUUAUAUUUGAAAUUGUUGGAAAAUAAAUUCAGAUCAAAAUGCCUUUCAGGCCCAUUACCUAGAAGUCUAUCUUAAAACUAAGUAUAUUCCUGAGGUCACUUCUCUGCUUAUGCUAAAUUAGUUACAAUUAUGAAUGGGGGAUAUUCUGUACUUCUUAAAGAAGAAAAUGUUUUUGUGCUUGAAAGUGAAACCAACAUCCAGAUCUAUAACAGAGUCCUUAUUCUUUUCAUAAGUCUUUUUACUUGUCUGCAAAUAGAUAAUGCUGUGAUUCUACUAUAUAUUUUACAUAAAAUUCAUUCAAAUUAGGUUUUGGGUAAGUUUGUGUUGUUGAUUAACCUGAAAUAUAAUAACUGUUAAUAUUCUAAACAAUAGUUCACUCCAUUUGGUCCUUUCUUUACAAAUGCAAUUCUGUUUUUAACACUCAGGAACUAUUGCAAGGAACUUUUCCCAGGUCAAAUUCUGUUAAUGCUGAUGUAAAAAUCAUCCAUGCCCAGCCAUUAUCACAUCCUUUGUUCCCACUGAAAGGCAGAACUCAGAACUGGUUAUUAUAUGUCCAUAAUCAUGUACUUUGGCAUUUUUGGAAGAAAGGGGCAGAUAACUUACUGGAGUGUGUAGUAUUUUUAUUUUGCUAGAGCAUUUCAAGGAAUGGAAUCUUCUCCAGUAUAAAAUUAUUAGACGUAAGCUACCUUAAUGAUGCUGAGGACAAGCUUUUGGAAGGUGAUCUGAUGAUGUUUCUCUCUUGGUUGGGAAGCUGCUUGUUCACCUUCAGCCCCCUUUAUUAGUAUUACCAUGAGUGAAUUUAUAUCUAAUUCCUUCCACUUGCUCUAUUCCUUUCUCACCAAGGAACCUUCAGAUCCAGUAUCUUGUUUGGCCCCAAAACAGAAGCAGCUUCUGCUUUUUGUCUCUUAGCAGCAGUGAGCCACUCCGUCUUUUCCACAGGAAGUUAGGAGCCUACAUUCCUUGAGUCAGGAGCUCAUUACUGAAAAAAAAUCCCCUUUCGCUGAACUUUUGGCCAGCAGAAAUUAAUGUAAUAGAUACGCAUAUUGAUUCUGAAUUUUUUUCAUGAGUUUUUUAAGUGACCAAACUUUGUAGGGUAGGGGAUGUACAGAGGCGUGGUGAUAUUAAAAUACUCAUUCUUUUGUCCUUUCAGGCUGCCCGUUCACAUUUAUUUGCUUAUCAUUUGUGUCACUUUCUACCCAGAGCAGUAAUAACCCACACCAUCUUCCUUCAGGGACUUCCCAGCUGGCAUUCUGUGGGCGCUACAUAGAAUGCAAUUUAAUGAAUAUUUCUCAGCCUGGCUCAGAAUAAAUUAAACCUUAGAUCCCAGAAAGUAUAGACUGAAGUGUGGGGUAAAAAUUAUGAUUAGGGGAGGGUUGGAGACAAAAGCUGUAAAUUACUAUGGCUGAUUUAUUUCUACUAUAUACAUAUAUAUAUAUAUAUAUUUUUUGCUUUUGUAUAUCCUAUAUAGGAAACUAAGCAUUGUAUUUUUUUAACAAAUCUGAGAAAGCACUAUGAACUGCAGGUGUUUGACUUUCAGAAUAUAUUUUGUAUUGUUAAUAUCUUCACAUUGUGUGAAUACUGGAAGCUGCAGAUCUUUGCUAGGAGGCAAUAAAUUUAUAUACUUUUUGAGAGGUUCUUCUGGGGGCGCUAAUCCGGCCCCUGUUAUGCUUUGGGGGAGCCCUGGUGCUACUUGCUUAAAGUUUUCAUUAAAUUUUCAGUGCCCUGAUGCCUUUUAGACCUUGGGAUCAGAUCAGAAGAGUUUUGGGGAUCAGGUACCAAGAAAAUGAGGACAGUCUGGCUGCCCCAAGUGAGGGGCCUUUUGCAUAGCUCUCUUUCUCCCUCACCGAAGCUAGGUAGGCUCUUGGAGUUGGGAGGAAAAAAAAAAAUCUCGAGUUUUAACUCCCUUACAAGAGCUGCAGAAUAAGGAUGAAAGGUGGCAGCAGUAGCUUUGGGGGAAGGGAGGAGGAUAUGGCACUUGUCCAACCCCGGAAAACAUUGCUUUUGAAAACUGCUGGUAAAAUAUGGGCAGGUUGUUACUUUUGUUUGGGAGACUGUGCUCUCUCUAGUGUCUCUUUUGGCUCUACUCCAGGGUACAGACCUCUUCUAGGAGGAUGAGCAAACCAGCUUUGAGGUUGACCUGUUUCUUUUCUUUGUCUGCCUUCCCUAAACACCAGCCCCCAGGAAGAUGUUAGGCAGCCUUAAGCUUAAAUUCCUAUUCCUUCUUCGAGAUUUGGCUCACUUGCCUUAGAUUGAAGGCUGGGAAAGGAAAGAAGGGGAGAGCCCCUGGCUUCAUUACUCCCCUACAUCUCCACUCUGACUUCCCCAAACCCAUAAAGAUUUCCCCCGCAACGUUCAUUUGAAAGAGGAGUAUUUUGUCGCAUUUCCCCUUCCUCAUUAUCAAACAGCCCCAGUCUGGUUUGUCUCUGCUAAGGGAGUAGAGAGGUAUAUUGAUCUGUCCCUCAACUCCCCUAGUCCCAACUCAGUGUCAGAAAAAGGCAUAACAAAUGAAGUGAGACUGGAGCUGCAGGUAGUGAGGAUUUUGUUGAUACCUCUCCUGGGGUGUGUGUUUUUCUCCGCCUUCAGGAAUUACACUGUGCCUUCUUCACAGGGGAAUGGACUUUGUCUACACUGUCCUCCACUUUCCCAGCAACUGCUCUUGAACAUUGUGGAUAAGGGCAGGUCUUCAUAUUUCUGAUCAUCCCUUUGUCCCAGUGACAUCCCAUACCCUUACCUAGAGUCUAGGGCACAAAGACUUUGGAAAAAAUAUGCUGAGAUUGACUUUAGGAGACACCUUCUAUACACUAGUGGCAGCUGACCCAGGGCCUGCUUCCUCUUCCCAAGUCUGUCAUUCUCUGGGGAGGAAGGGUGGUGCUCCAAUCUCUGGUGCCUAAAAAUUUAUUUCUUUUUCUUAACACUGGCAAUAACCAGUCUCCAUACCACUGUUGCCUUUUUAAACCUCUUAAUCUCAUGCUGUGUUUGUUGUUGGUUCCAAUCCAGUAAUCACCAGGGCUGUGUGGGUAAAUACUUUUAAAUGCUCUCUCAUCUUGCUCUCUUUUCCCCCUCCACUCUUAUGUAUGUAUGAUGCUAAUCUCGUCUCUACGUUUCUUCUUGAUCCCUUUGUAUCUUCUUGUCUCUCCCCCCUACCUUUUGUCUCUGGGUGUUUUAUGGGGCUUUUUUUUUUUUUUUUGGCCUUUUGUACAAAGAUUAGUUUCAAUGUAGUCUGUAGCUCCUUUGUAAACCAAUUAAAAAAAGUUUUUUAAUAAAAA